AGGAGGCGGGACGACAAAAACAAACAAACAAACCACAAACCACCCUCAGCUCCAGAGCUCCAGUAGAGGGGUCCGCUCCUCCCCGAAGGCGGUGCCGCCUGUCUGGGCGGGCCACGCGGAGGGUUGUGGGGCGGAGUGCUCCCCUCCACACGGAGACUCAUGGAGUCGAGUGGGCGGGGGACUCCAUGUCCCAGCAUGCCCCGCGGCGGGCCCGACCGGCCGCGACUCCGGGCUUGGCCCCGGCCCUAGCUCGUCGGAGGUGUCGGGGUGCGUGGAGGUUGCAGUCACGGUGGCGUCCGCGGGGACGGAGGAGGGAAUGAGUGAAGAGGAGCAGGGCUCCGGCACAACCACGGGCUGCGGGCUGCCCAGUAUAGAGCAAAUGCUGGCAGCCAACCCGGGCAAGACCCCGAUCAGCCUUCUGCAGGAGUAUGGGACCAGAAUAGGCAAGACGCCUGUGUACGACCUUCUCAAAGCCGAGGGCCAAGCCCACCAGCCUAAUUUCACCUUCCGGGUCACCGUUGGCGACACCAGCUGCACUGGUCAGGGCCCCAGCAAGAAGGCAGCCAAGCACAAGGCAGCUGAGGUGGCCCUCAAACACCUCAAAGGGGGGAGCAUGCUGGAGCCGGCCCUGGAGGACAGCAGUUCUUUUUCUCCCCUAGACUCUUCCCUACCUGAGGACAUUCCAGUUUUUACUGCUAUAGAAGCUGCCACUCCUGUUCCAUCUGCUGUGUCAACCAGGAGUCCCCCCAUGGAGGUGCAGCCCCCUGUCUCCCCUCAGCAAUCUGAAUGCAACCCUGUCGGUGCUCUGCAGGAGCUGGUGGUGCAGAAAGGCUGGCGGUUGCCUGAGUACACGGUGACCCAGGAGUCUGGGCCGGCCCACCGCAAAGAAUUUACCAUGACGUGCAGAGUGGAACGCUUCAUCGAGAUUGGCAGUGGCACUUCCAAAAAGCUGGCAAAGCGGAACGCGGCGGCCAGAAUGCUGCACCGAGUGCACACGGUGCCUCUGGAUGCCCGGGAUGGAAAUGAGGCGGAGCCUGAUGACGACCACUUCUCCAUCGGUAUGGGCUCCCGCCUGGAUGGACUUCGGAACCGUGGCUCAGGCUGUACCUGGGAUUCUCUGCGGAAUUCAGCUGGAGAGAAGAUUCUGUCCCUGCGCAGCUGUUCCCCAGGCUCCUUAGGUGCUCUGGGCUCUGCCUGCUGCAGUGUCCUCAGUGAGCUGUCUGAGGAGCAGGCCUUCCACGUCAGCUACCUGGAUAUUGAGGAGCUGAGUCUGAGCGGGCUCUGCCAGUGUCUGGUGGAGCUGUCCACACAGCCGGCCGCUGUGUGUCACGGUUCUGCAACGACGCGGGAGGAAGCCCGUGGCGAGGCUGCGCGCCAUGCCCUGCAGUACCUCAAGAUCAUGGCGGGCAGCAAGUGAAGCUGCCCUGGCUGGACUCACGGAUGUGCACGCUUGCUCCCUGCCCUUCCCACUUCCGGCUCGUGUGACUGCCCAGCUCUGGUACCCGUGCGGUGCCAUCUCUACCUCUUGACAAAGACUGCCUCUUGCAGGCUGAGGAGGGCAUUGGGCCGGGAGCCGGGGACCACAGGUCUCACCUGGCUCAGGACCGUCCUCCUUUCACUGGUGAUGUUGAGUGGGAAUGACACCGGGGGGCUCUGCUCGGGAGCCCAGAAUAAAUGUGCUGCUCACUGGA